GGGUUUUUCCCACUUCCGUGUUUAUUAGUUAAGAUGAAAGCGUGAACAAAAUAUUUGAAAGUUUAGUUUUAUAAUCAUUUAACAAUGACAGGUGGAAACUCGAAAGUAGUAACGGGAGAAACAUAUAUAAGGCAGCUGCCUUACUCUGUUGUUAAGUAUAUAAGUUUACUUCUAGAUGUUGACAGACAGUGGGAGAAGUUUGUUCUACAAAUUCCGAAACGGUUACAAGAUGUGGGUAAAGAAACAAACGACAUGCGAUAUUCUUACCUACAGGUCAGAUUGUUUGAAGAUAAAGGCAGGAGACCGGAUGGUAGUCCUACGAAAACAAUUAUGGAUGAUUGGGGGACACAGAACACAAAGGUGAAACAUUUGAUUAGAAUUCUACAAGAAGCAUCCCUGUAUGAGGCAGCUGAUUAUAUAUCUGUCAAUGUCCUUCACCAAGGAAAGGUUCAAAGACUUCAUGAAGAAUCGGAUGACACUGCCUCCCUGCCAGCACCAACAUGGAAUGAUAAGAAACUCAAGGUUGAAGAAAACAAACAAGACUUGAAAAAGGAACAAAAUUUGGACUCUAAAAAUGAUCAAAAGGUUAUCUAUGAAAAGGAGAAAGCACUUGGAAAUGCAUACCCAUUAGGUGUCACUAGUCCACCUGACUCCACAUAUAACAGUUUAAUGAGGGCAGGUGAGGAUGAUUCGGCAUAUAAUAAAUUGUCUCCAGGUAUAGAUAAGGUCUUAUAUUACCGGGCACCAUCCUAUGACAGUGGUGGUCACCUUUCUGAAGUGCUUAAAGAUGGGAACCAGGGGCAACAUCGUGAAGGAGGGGUCGAGCAUGAAGAAGAAACAGUUCAGGUGUUGCCCGUAAAAGAGAAAACCGCGGGAAAACAGUCCAAAGGGAAAACCCGUUUUCAAAAUGCCUUUUCUGAUGAAUUGAAAUAUAAUUUUGCCAAGGAGGUUCCUGAGAGACCAGUCUUCAAACCAGAAGUGAUCCCAGCAGCUUCAAACAGACGUCAGCCUUGUGAAACUGUUGAUGAUUCCGAAGUUGACGUCCGUAGCAGCGACAGUCAGAAUGAGAGUUCCGACAGGAGCAGUACCGAGGAGGAGGAGUUAUACAAGAUUAUUGCUAAACAAAAAAUAACCUAUGUCCUUUUAAGAACCAUUACUGAUGAUUUCAACCCGAAGCUUGUUACUCUGGGUGGGAGAGUGAUUGGUUCAGGGGGUUUUGGCGAUGUUUUCCUGGGAAGGUUUGAAAAUGGGUUUCAAGUGGCUGUUAAACGCUUGAAAAAUGUCGAAGAAGUAGACAAACAGUUUGAAACGGAACUGAAUUCACUCAUAAAGUACAGACAUAAGAACAUUGUUCGUCUGUAUGGAUAUUCAGUGGACGGACCUGGUAAAUGUUUGGUGUAUGAAUACCUCUGUAAUGGAUCGUUGGAGGACCGUUUACAAAGGAAGGACAAUACACCCCCACUUCCAAACAAAGUGCGGCUGUCGAUUUUACAGGGAACAGCAGCAGGUAUACAAUUUCUCAAUAGUCAAGGAACAGUUCAUAGAGAUAUAAAGAGUGCAAAUGUCCUCUUAGGUGAAAAUUUUGAACCGAAAGUAGGGGACUUUGCCACUGCCAGAUCCGGUCCAAGGGGAAACACAACAACGUUAAUGUCGACUCAAGUUGUGAUCGGAACAUCGGCCUAUCUUGCUCCGGAAGCUUUGAAUUUUGACGUCUCUACAAAACUUGAUUCAUUCAGUUUUGGCAUUGUUAUCUUAGAAGUUCUCACUGCAUUACCUCCCCUUGAUCAUAAUAGAGAAGAUAAAGAUUUGAAAAGUCACGUAGAGGAGAACAAUAUUAAAGACUUGCUGGAUACAAGUGGUGGAAUGUGGCCAGACGACACUGUCGCAAAGUUAGUUGAAAUAUCAGAAAAAUGUACAAAGAUCAAGAAGAAAACUCGCGUUAAUGUUGCUGACAUUAUGUCAGAGUUAUGCAUUCUUGAAUUAUAACUGCAUAUGAAUAUUGAUAUUUUCAUCGUGUAUCUGCAUACAAGUGCAACAACUGAACUGAACAUUUAUAGUUUGAGUGAAAAUCUACACCAGGGUUCACUUAGUUAUAGGGAGUAUCAGUUACAUAACUAGUAUCGUUUUUUUUUACAAAAACAACACAUUUGUCUGAGGGUCAAGGGGGGAUAUUUUUAAUCUUUAGGCUGAAAAUACAAGCAAUUUUAACAGCAUUUUAACCAAUAAUAUAGAUCGCCAAUUUGUUAUUUAUGAAAACCCUGAGUGUACUCUGAAAAACACGAAAUAGAACAUUAAUAUAUAAAUUUCUUAAAAUUAAACAUCAGUUGUGCAUGCAUAGUCAUCUUGGUUAAAAAUAAACAAAGACAUAAAAGUAAGUGCUGUUAUAGUUCAUUGAAAUGAAUAUAUAAACUUAUUUUUUUAACAUAAUUUUUAUGCAUCUUGUAAGGGUAAUAUGUAUAUUAGAAAUUAAUAAAUUACAGUCAUAAUUAUGUAUUUUCUUUGAUACAGAAAUUGUUUAACAUGUAAGACAAUGGAUAGGU